AUGGCGUCCUUGACCACCUUGCCGCUCGUCUCUAAGCGCACAAGGGAGCCUUGGAUCUUCUUCGUGAGACGGUUGAGCUUCUCGAGGUUGGCGUACAGCACCUCGACCUCAGCGCUCUCCUCCGCAUACGCGGUGUUCCUGGGAGCCACCAUGGUGUCGAUCACAGACGACAAACCGAAAAGACCGUGGAACCAGGCGUCAUGUCUCCAAGUGUGGGGUCCACGAGGGAUGUCCGCAGCGUUCUUAUCGCUCCGCCUCGGGGUGUUCCUUCGGCUGACGCACUAUUCCCGAAGAGGUAGCUUCGGCCCGUGUGCCUCCGAGGAACUCCUGCAGUCCCUUGGGGUUUACUUUGCCAGGGUCAGCGCUGUUGGCUGCAUGCAAGUCACAGUCGCUACCUUGUCUUCCUCCUCUACGGCAACAAUGGCGACGAGGGCCUCACGAUUGCGUUGGACGGUGCCUCCGGCGGCAUUGGCUGCUUAUACUGCGGGGCAGUGGACACAGCCUAGACACCUACAGAAGGCCCAAGUCACCAGUUCCUCGGCCCUUUACCAGCCCAAUUCGCCCAUUUCCGACCCGCGGAGCUCCAGCUCGAGCGCGCAAAGAGGCAGUGGACACAAUGAGCAGGCUUCGGUCUGGGCGAGGGUCGUCCAGAAGCUAGAUGAGGUCAAACACACCGUUGUGCCUGGAGAGUGGGGAGACCUUGGCGGCAACAUUACGAACCUCAUUAUCCCUGACUGGGCACGGUUUCUUCCUGCUACUGCGCAGAAGUUACAACGAGAGCUUUCGCUAGCACCUGGCUCGCUUGCGGACGAAAUCUGGAAGGAAUCGCAAGACCCUGACAUCAACCCAGAGAUCCUACGAGAUGCCAAAGUGCGGGUCAGCGAUCAGCUCUGUGAAGAGGAAUUGGCCUUUAGGAAAAAGCGACAGCAACAUUCUAUCAAAGCGCUGGCCUCAUACCUCAACAUUCCGGAGGAGGACAUCCAUCCAGAUGAUGUGCCGGUUAUCGCCAUGUGUGGCUCGGGAGGUGGACUACGCGCCUUGGUUGCAGGAACUGGCUCAUAUUUGGCUGCUCAAGAAGAGGGCCUGUGGGAUUGUGUAACCUACACAGCUGGCGUCAGUGGAAGCUGUUGGUUGCAGACUCUAUACCAUUCGUCGAUUGCGGAUCGCAACUUCAAUAAGCUCGUUGACCAUUUGAAGAAUCGGCUCGGUGUGCACAUUGCAUUCCCACCCAAGGCACUGGACCUACUCACCACCGCACCCACGAACAAGUACCUUUUGAGCGGCUUGGUGGAAAAGCUCAAGGGCGAUCCGAAUGCAGACUUUGGGCUAGUGGAUAUCUACGGAUUAUUACUCGCAGCCAGACUUUUGGUACCUCGAGGUGAACUUGGAGUGUCGGACCGAGACUUCAAGAUUUCUAACCAAAAGGAAAAUCUGGUCAACGGCGCUCAUCCACUCCCUAUCUACACUGCUGUGCGCCACGAGAUCCCGGGGCUCAUUGACUUUGGCGACGGCGCCAAGCCUAUGCCAGAGUACAUUAGGCGAGAAGCGAAGGAGGAAUCUUGGUUCCAGUGGUUCGAAUUUACCCCCUAUGAGUUCUUCUGUGAAGAGCUCAACGCGGGAAUCCCAACCUGGGCAUUGGGACGACACUUUCAAGCUGGUCGCAAUACGCCUUCCGACAGGGACUACCCUAUUCCCGAGCUGCGAGUUCCUGAAUUGAUGGGUAUUUGGGGUAGUGCCUUCUGCGCUACCUUGUCGCAUUAUUACAAAGAAGUCCGGCCUCUGGUCAAGAGCCUUGCCGGAUUCGGUGGCAUUGAUUCCCUCAUCCAAGGCAAGAACUCGGAUCUGAUCCGAGUCCACCCCAUCGAUCCUGCUGCCAUCCCAAAUUAUGUGAUGGGUAUGAAAGACCAGCUUCCGGCAUCCUGCCCUGAGUCAAUUUUCAGGAGUAGUCAUUUGCGUCUGAUGGAUGCUGGAAUGAGCAACAAUUUGCCCAUCUACCCACUCAUUCGGCCUGGGCGAGAUGUCGAUGUCAUUGUGGCUUUUGAUGCAUCUGCGGACAUCAAGCAAGAGAACUGGCUCUCCGUUGUGGACGGUUAUGCCCGGCAGCGUGGUAUCAAGGGCUGGCCGGUCGGUGCUGGGUGGCCUAGGCAAAGCGAGAGCCUGGAGGACACGAAGAAAGCCCUGACUGAGUCACAGAACAUGACCGAGCGGAAGGCGAAUGAGAAGAUGGCAGAUGCCCAGAGUCACAGCACCACCAACACAAAUCAAUCCAAUGCUUCAGACACCGACUUGGGCUACUGCAAUGUCUGGGUCGGUACCAAGGAGGAGCGAAUUUCCGAGGACGAGCCUCCACCGUCGAAGCGUCUCUUCCAUCCUCAACAUGCCGACGACCACUCUGACUCCGAUUUCCAUCUUAUGCGACCAGACGCCGGUAUUGCCGUCAACCACAUCAACACUCGGGACCCCGAAAAACCUGUGGCCCCUCAUCCGAACUCGAUUGAUCCGGAUGUCGAUGAUUUCCUUUCAACCUGGAACUUCAUCUAUACCCCUGAGCAAAUCGACUCGGUAGUUGGAUUGGCCAAGGCGAAUUUCAGCGAAGGCAAAGAACAAACUCGCCGCGUUGUUCGUGCAGUCUACGAGCGGAAGAAGAGUGAUCGGCUGAGGAAGGAGCAGGAGGAGGCGAGGAAGAAGUUAGAGGGGUUUGUGCCGCUGUAA